UAGCGGUGAUGCUAAAGCUCACUAGUCGUUUUGCUUAUUUAGGAUCCUGAAUCACUUAGUAACCAUCGGAGAGAUGUUGGUUCUAGUGGGAGCAUAAGUAUUAAAGCGUUUAAUAUUCCUGCUCUUUUAUGAAUACAUGUCUUAAGUGUUUUGCAUAUUUUCUGUUGUAGAUCAAUGGCACCUAGCAACCUUCCUCAUUUGUCCACUUUUGCGUUGAGGUCGAUCCUAGAGAAAGAUAAACUUAAUGGAACUAAUUUCACCAACUGGUAUCGUAAUCUGAGGAUAGUCCUCAAGCAAGAAAAGAAGGACCAUGUUCUAGACACUCCACUCCCAGAUGAGCCUGAUGAAGAUGCGACAGUCGCUGUCAUGAAUGCCCACCGUAAGGCUAGAGAUGAGUCUACGGAAAUUAGCUGUCUUAUGCUUGCACACAUGGAACCGGACUUGCAGCAGCAGUUCGAGAAUGUUGAGGCCUACGAUAUGAUCGAAAGCCUCAAAAGUAUGUUCCAGGCUCAGGCAAAGACCGAGAGGUAUCAAGUCUCUCAAGCUUUGCUUGGCUGUAAGCUCAAAGACGGCGAUCCACUGAGUCCGCACGUGAUCAAGAUGACUGGUUACGUGCAGUCUUUGGAUAGGCUGGGUUUUCCCAUAAGCGAUGAGUUCGCUACAGAUAUAGUUCUGAACUCUCUUCCUAGUGCAUAUGCUCCGUUCAUCUCGAACUAUCACAUGCAUGGUAUGGAUAAGAAGCUCACUGAACUACAUGGGAUGCUCAAGACAGCAGAGGCUGAUCUCAAGAAAGGCACCAGUCAAGUGUUGAUGGUGCAGAAUAAGGCUAAGUUCAAGAAGGGUUCUUGGACUAAGAAGAAGAAGGCUAAGUCAGGAGGCAAAACUCAGGACUCUGUCCCGAGCGCUGCCUCAGGGACUAAGCCAUCUCCUGCAGCUGGAUCCACUUGCUUCUAUUGCAAGACGGAUGGGCACUGGAAGAGGAACUGCAGCAAGUUUUUGGCUGACAAAGCCAAGAGUGGAAGUGGGACUUCUAACUCAGGGGCUGGUAAGAACUAGGAGCGUGGCAAGAGGCGAGGUUGAUAUUCGAGUCGGCAACAAAGCGAGAGUCGCUGCGUUGGAAGUCGGCACGAUGCAACUUCAUUUACCUUCAGGAUUCUUAAUGGAGCUGAAUAAUUGUU